AUGGCAACCGGUUGGAUGAGUACAGCGGCUCACUCAUUUCAGUUUUUACUGCACCACGCGCAACAGCAGCUUGACAAACAUCAUUUCACGCAUAUGGACGCCUUCUUUAACAAGCUUGCUAGCAGUUUGCUGUUCACUUCCAACAAGUCGGUACCCGCUGAAAAGACCAACAAGGUGCUACUCGCCUCAGGCGUCCCGCGCUCGCACAUCCAUAGCGCGCCACGUUCCCAACUGCCCAAUUCUCAAGACGAGGAGCCACCGCUUGACUCAUCGCGGAAUCGCAUCGCGUAUUGGGAUAAGAAGCGUGAAAAGUGCAACAACUGCCAACACAUUUACCUUAAAACGCUUAGUAAGCAUCCCGGCUUUUGCUCCGUUGACUGCAAGUCAAAUAUGGUUUAUCUCGAGAAGGUCAACCGCACCAUCCGCGCUAUGAAAACUGCCGUACAAGAGCAAUGCCGGCAGAAAGAGCAUCAACAAGAAAAGCUUUUGCUCUCGAAAUCUCCUCAGCAGAUUAAGCAGCAGUCGUCCAACAAUCAAGAGCUAAAGGACGUCAACUGUGAUAGCAAGACUUUUGCAGAGUUUGAUCUCGAGUCCCGCAUACUUGAGUCUAGCAAUGUUGAGUGGGCUUUCAGCGCUAUGUAUUAA